AUGGGAAACCAAGGGCAUCGAUGGAUUGAGGCCCGAGUUGUCCACUGUGGAGAUUCACCAGUUCAAUUUGUCAUAGAAGGCGUUCGAGGAGAAACUCCAGCCUCUGACAUCGCUGUGGACAAAGUCUGCAUCUUCGCCUGUAGCGGUCCGGAAUCAACACCGAGUGACCCACAGAGCACAAUACCACCAACUUCUGAUGAUGUCUCGACCACUGGGAUCAUUAUAGACCUCCCCUCGACCAUAGAGGCCUCCUCAGCAAAUACGAGUCCGGAAGAAACACCAAAUGACCCACAGAGCACAAUACCACCAACUCUCGAUGAUAUCUUGACCCCUGGGAUCACUACAGACCUCCCUUCAACCAUAGAGGCCUCCUUAGCAAAUACGUGCCCGACUGAAUCCAUUUUGUCAGACUCAACCCUGGACUGGUCCACACUGACACCAUCAGUAUCUUCCACAAGGCCCCCACAGAUCCUGCAGUGCCACGUGGAAGAGAUACCGAAAGAUUACAUCACGCGCUGUGACUUUAAUGAUAACCUGAGACCCUACUGCCAAUGGACUCAGGAAUGUGACACUGACAGCGGCGAAUGGAUUAGAACCAAUGGCGAGACCCCUACCCAGCACACGGGGCCCUCCGCCGAUCAGCCCGCGCCCUGGGGGGAUGGGGUGACUCACGGCCACUACGUCUACGAGGAGGCCAGUAACUUUGUCGCCAACCAGUUCAUCCGCCUGACGAGCCCGAGCCUGAACAUCAGCGGUGACGUGUGUAUUGAGUUCUCCUACCACAUGUACGGACCGCUCGACGAAGGGGGGACCCUCAACGUCCUGGUUGCAGAAGGACCGAGCACACUGUUGCUGUGGAAUCGGACUGUGCCCCAGAGCCACGCCUGGCUGUCAGGGGCAGUCACUGUCCCAGGAUCGAGCUCCAGGAGCAUUCGGGUCAUCUUCGAAGCAGUGCGAGGUUUGACUGAAGUUGGUGAUAUCGCCCUGGACAAUGUCGCCGUGGUAACCGGGCCCUGUUUCUGUGAGUGA